AUGGACGAUGAGCCGAUCGCUGCGGAAGGCGUUGGGGCGAUGCCGGGGGCGAUUUCUGAAGCAUUUGCCGCGAAGCCAGAAGAAGUGGUUAUGGAGGUGCUUCUCGUUGGAAUGGGUGUUAAUCAAGCGCGCCCGAUGCUUCUACUGCUAAUUGAUGAUAUGGUUUCAACAUAUGAAAUGUUCGCGUAUGAUAAUGCGGUCCAGAGCCAUCUUGCAAUACGGUCUGUUUCCAUUCACGUUUCGACAAAGCUUCUACUUUUUGCAGCGAAUGUUGACAUGCUGGGUAGUCCUCUUUGUUUGUUUUCUUUCGAAAAAGUAGAUUAG